AAGAGAGAGAACAAGUGAAUAAAUAAAUAAUGUAAGAAACCCUAAUAAAAUAAUAAUAAAGAAUUGAACAACAUCUCCUCUCCCAGAGAAAGACAGAACCUUUUGCUUUUUAAUGCUCCCCCCCUAUCUUAAAAACUCAGUCUUUUGAUGCCCCCUCUCCCUCUCACUUUCUUUACUUUCUUGAAAAUCGUUCCUUCUUUACGACCCUUCUCGGCUUCUCUCUUUGAAGCUAAAGAGGGAAGAAACCAUGGUGGAGAAGCUUGAUGCGAAGAGGAAAUGGCUAUGGUCAUGACAAUGGUACAACAAAGCAAAAACAACAAUGCCAACUCUGGCCAUAGUAAUAGUGUUAAUAUAAACAACAGCACUGCAACAAGCCAACAGCAACAAAAACAACAAGUGAAGGCAAUGUUUCAUGAUUUCUUAGGCAUGAAAGCAACUACAGAUUCACCAGUCGUUUUAGCUCCAAAAUAUAAAGAUGGGUCUCCUUCUGCUUCUGCUUCACUUGGGGCUUCUUCUGGUGGUGGCCGCGGACCUCUCUCUUCCACCUCUGAUCUAGCUUCUGAAAGGCAGGCUGGGAAUCAUCUUGAGGGGAUUCCAUUUUACGGCCCAAGGAGUGAUAUUUCUGGUCCUGAGAUAAGCAACAGAUUAGCUGGAAGUAAGCGGAGCAAUUCCGAUUCUGCCUUUACGGGACCAAGGGAUGGGGUUCCACAAAUGGCUCAUGAUUCCACUGAGAGCCUGCAUUUGAUGAAGAUGCUCAAAAAUGGAGGUGGUGGAGAGUGGUCUAGAAGGUCUAAUGAUGAUGAGGUUUUCUAUGGCAUGCAGUCAAAGAGGCCGAGUUCUGCAUCUCUCUCACUGCAACCUUCUGCUGGCAAUAGACUUGAUGCCAAUGUUUCCAAAUGGGAGCGAUCCAUUCCCAUGGGAGUAGGCGCAUAUCCUACUCGUGGUGGCCAAUUUGUUCCUUUUACUCAUCAAAUUCCCACAAACAGAUUCAGAGAUACUAAUGCUGGUCCUUCAGUUAUCUCUCAAUCUGCUGCUGAUGAAGGUUCCAGAACUGGAAUUAAAGGCCCCGGUAUUCUGAGUUCUAUAAAUGCUGGCAGCGGUAUUUCUGAGAAAAAUUCAUCUGGAGGGCUGUCUAGUGGCGGCAAACCAAAGAUUGGGAUUCAUAUUUCAGAGCCAGAAUCUUCAACUCCUGCAAGUCAGAAGGGUUUAACAUCUGCCAGUCGCCAGAUGACUAUAUUUUAUGGUGGUCAAGCUCAUGUUUUUGAUGAUGUCCACCCAAACAAGGCGGAUGUUAUAAUGUCCCUAGCUGGUUCGAACGGAGGAUCAUGGUCAACAACCUACUCACCAAAACCUACUGCAAGGCAGGGCAGCGAAAGUUUCAUGACCAGCAAUGAAUAUGAAGGAGCUGUGGCCGCUAACACACCAUUCCCACAUGAAUUUCGCGGGAGGACAUUUGUCACUGGCAAUGCUACUCAUGCAGUCGGCUCUGGUGAUCGAAUCUCUACACCAGCAGGGCAUCAUGGCAGCAGCAUUAUAAUAGCUAAAGAGACAAGAAACCUGGUUCAGGCAAGAGAACCCAGUAAUGAGGAUAAAUGAGAGCUCUGAACAGCGUAAUCAUUGUUUUAGAUAACAGCCUCUCUAGGAAGAGUGAGCUCAUUUUUCUAGUCUCUCUUAAAGCUCCAUUCUUUUGCCCUUUUUUUUUUUUUUUUUUUUCUUCCUGAAAUAGAGCAAGGGGAAGGAGGGGUUCUCAUUCAUGUAUAGAGAACUUAUAUGAAGUUUCAGAAUCAUAAUCAGAUACAGCCAUGGCCUAGCUUUUGAUAUAUAUAUCUAGGUUGUUUAUCCAUUUUUCAAAUUGAAAACAAUUCCCUCUC